ACGUCCGGUAGAGUUAGAGCCCGUGCGGAGGCGGUGCGGAGCGCUUCGGCUCUGGGCGGCUCGGACACCAGCGUCGUGCGAGGCUGCGGCGGAACCUCUUAAAGAAGGCGCAAGAGGUUGACAGCUUCGGUUGAAGCACGGCGAGCAGCGACAGCAGCCAGGAGUCAUGAGCGACAGCGGCGAGCAGAACUACGGCGAGCGGGUUAAUGUUGAAGAAGGAAAAUGCGGAAGUCGUCAUUUGACAAGUUUUAUAAAUGAGUAUUUGAAGCUCAGGAAUAAGUGAAGCUGAAAUUUGAAAAAAUAAAAGAAAGAAUGCAUGCUAAUUAUCAGACCAGAAGUCCCACUUGUAGAAUAUUGAGCAAUUUGUGUGAAGUGGGGAAGAUGAAAGAAGUCAGAAUUUGAAACGGAAGAAUGAAGAAAAGAAAUAAAAAUGAAGUUAAGAUAAGAAGUAAUCUGGAAUCAGAAAGCACUACGCUAAGUAAUUACUAGUCUGUUUAUGUGUCCCUGUAUAUUUUGCUAAACAUGCAUGCAUUAUUUGUUUAAUAGAAGAAAAUAUAUACAGGGUAAAGAAGUGCCUUCCAAGGGAAACGUUUAAAUUAGGAAUCCCGUUCUGCUUCCAGAAGUGGAAGUGCUCACGGAUCGGGGAAAUCUGCAAGGCAUACCCCUGCAAGGUCUCGCUCCAAGGAAGAUUCCAGGCGUUCCAGAUCAAAGUCCAGGUCCAGAUCUGAAUCUAGGUCUAGAUCCAGAAGAAGCUCUCGAAGACAUUAUACAAGGUCACGGUCUCGGUCCCGUUCUCAUAGACGAUCCCGCAGCAGGUCUUACAGUCGAGAUUAUCGCAGACGGCAUAGCCACAGUCAUUCUCCCAUGUCUACUCGCAGGCGUCAUGUUGGGAAUCGGGCAGACAGAGCCUCCAUCCGCUGGUACACUCCCCAAAGUCCUGCAACGGCCAGGGCUGGGCCAGGGCCGAAGCCGGGAACGCAUUCCAGGUCUCCCACGUGGGUGGUAGGAGCCCAGUUGCUGGAGUCAGGAGCUGGAGCUGGGUAUCGAACCCAGGCAAAUCCUGACCCCAACUGUUGUCUUGGAGUAUUUGGUUUGAGCUUGUAUACCACAGAAAGAGAUCUAAGAGAAGUUUUCUCUAAGUAUGGUCCCAUUGCGGAUGUGUCUAUUGUAUAUGACCAGCAGUCUAGGCGUUCAAGAGGAUUUGCCUUUGUUUAUUUUGAAAAUGUAGAUGAUGCUAAGGAAGCUAAAGAACGUGCCAAUGGAAUGGAGCUUGAUGGGCGUAGAAUCAGAGUUGAUUUUUCUAUAACAAAAAGACCACAUACUCCAACACCAGGAAUUUACAUGGGGAGACCUACAUAUGGCAGUUCACGCCGUCGGGAUUACUACGACAGAGGGUAUGAUCGAGGCUAUGAUGAUCGAGACUACUAUAGCAGGUCAUAUAGAGGUGGUGGUGGAGGAGGAGGCGGAUGGAGAGCUGCUCAAGAUAGAGAUCAAAUUUAUAGAAGGCGGUCACCUUCUCCUUACUAUAGUCGUGGAGGAUACAGAUCACGUUCCAGAUCACGAUCCUACUCACCUCGUCGCUAUUGAAGCAUGAAGUUGAACACUCUGAAAUCUGCCCUAGAGCUGGGAUGUUGUUUGUGGACAAUAUUUUUUAUUGUCUCCUGUUUAAAAAGUGAACAGUGCCUAGUGAAGUUAGGUGACUUUUACACCUUUUAUGAUGACUACUUUUGGUGGAGUUGAAAUGCUGUUUUCAUUCUGCAUUUGUGUAGUUUGGUGCUUUGUUCAAAGUUAAGUGUUUUCAGAGAAGUAUGUUUUGCAUGUAUUUUUUUACAGUCUAAAUUUUGACUGCUGAGAAGUUUUUAUUGUACAAAACUUCAUUUAAAAGGUUUUUCUACUGAAUCCAGGGUAUUCUGAAGAUCGAAGCCUGUGUGUAAAAUGUUACCAAAUGGCAAAAAGCAACAAUAAACAGUUUGGUUUUUACUUUUCUUUCUAACAUAUCAAUGCUUAGCAGAAAGUUCAGAUUAAGUUGUCAGUAGUGAAUUUAAAGACAAAAAUGCCCGUUAUUUCUCCAGUCCAUGAAACAUACCAUACUUAUUAUACCUGCAAGUAAGUGUUAAAAAUUACGCUCUGUAACUCUGUACUGCUAGUAUUAGAACUAAAACUUUGAAUACAGCAAACGCUUGAUGCUUAUAUAAAUGUGGAUUUGUCAGCCUUUAUGUAACCUGUAUUAUAUAUAGCAGGGAAUAAGAAAAGAGUUACACAAUGUAUGCCUUUAAAAGGCUUUUUCUUAAAGCUGUUACAAGGGGAUAAUGGUAUUUCAACUAGUUAUCAGCAAGUAACAAUACAUUCCACCACAAAUGUACUCUUGUUCUAGCUUUUAGACCAUAUGAAAAAACUGGGUGCUUCAAAGUACGGGAUAAGAGAAGGGAACACUACACCUGUGUCGUGGAUAAACUGAAGACUUUGCCUGUUCAUUUUUUAAAUAUUAUUUUCAGGUCCUUUGCUUACCAAAGGAGACCCAAUUUCACUCAAAUGUUUUGAGAACUGUGUUUAAAUAAACGGAAAUGAAAGAAAAA